AUGAGGAGGGAGAACCAGAGCAGCGUGUCCGAGUUCCUCCUCCUGGGGCUCCCCAUCCGGCCCGAGCAGCAGGGCGUGUUCUUUGCCCUGUUCCUGGGCGUGUACCUGACCACGGUGCUGGGGAACCUGCUAAUCUUCCUGCUCAUCAGGCUGGACUCUCGCCUCCACACCCCCAUGUACUUCUUCCUCAGCCACUUGGCCCGCACUGACGUCUCCUUUUCAUCUGUCACUGUCCCUAAGAUGCCAAUGAGCAUGCAAACCCAGGAUCAAUCCAUCCCCUAUGCAGGGUGCAUAGCACAGAUGUUUUUUUUUACUGAUCUGGAGGAUUUCCUGCUCACAUCAAUGACCUAUGAUCAGUGCGUGGCCAUCUGUCACCCUCUCCACUACAUCACCGUCAUGAGACAGGGACUGUGUACCUUACUGGUAACUGUAUCUUGGAUUCUCUCCUGUUCCAAUGACCUGUGUCACACCCUUCUCCUGUCCCAGCUCAUGAGGCCUGAGAACCAGAGCAGCGUGUCUGAGUUCCUCCUCCUGGGGCUCCCCAUCCGGCCCGAGCAGCAGGGCGUGUUCUUCGCCCUGUUCCUGGGCGUGUACCUGACCACGGUGCUGGGGAACCUGCUAAUCCUCCUGCUCAUCAGGCUGGACUCUCGCCUCCACACCCCCAUGUACUUCUUCCUCAGCCACUUGGCCUUCUCUGACCUCUCCUUUUCAUCGGUCACCAUCCCAAAGAUGUUGAUGAACAUGCAGACUCAAUGCCAAUCUAUCACAUAUGCAGGGUGCAUUUCACAGGUGUAUUUCUUUAUAUUCUUUGGUUGCCUUGACAGCUUUCUUCUCGCAAUGAUGUCCUAUGACAGGUAUGUGGCCGUGUGCCACCUCCUCCACUACACCACCAUCAUGAGGGAUGAGCUUUGUGUCAUCCUAGUGGCUGGGUGCUGGUUCGCCUCUUGUGCCCAAGCUCUGUUGCACACCCUCCUCGUGGACCGGUUGUCCUUCUGUGCAGGGACUGUCAUCCCCCACUUCUUUUGUGAUCUUGCUGCUGUGCUCAAGUCCUCCUGCUCUGAUACCUCCCUCAAUGAGUUGCUCAUCCUCACUGAAGGGGGAUUUAUCUUCACCCUGCCAUUGGGUGGUAUUUUGGGCUCCUAUAUCAGCAUGGCAGCCAUCAUCCUGAAGGUCCCCUCCUUCAAGAGAAUCUUCAAAGCCUUGUCUACAUGUGGUUCUCACCUGUUUGUAGUGUUUUUAUAUUAUGGGACAAUUGCAGGUGUUUACUAUAUCCCCUCAUCAGGCAACUCCAAAGACAAGGACAUUAUUGCUUCUUUGAUGUACAUGGUGGUCACCCCCAUGCUGAACCCCUCCAUCUACAGCCUGAGGAAUAAGGAUAUGAAAUGUGCUCUUCAGAAAAUCUUCAGGACCAAGGACACCCCCUUGGUAUCAAUAAUUCAUUCCUUCUCAUGGACACUCAUGGAGCUGUGA